UGUGUUGGAAGCUCCUUGAUCCUACCGGCAUACCAUAGAGCUAUUAGCUCCACGAUCCACCAAGAGGUCGCGCUUUUGUAUACCACUGCAGUGACUGCACAUAAUACACCAGCAUUGCGAACCACACACAGUACAUCUUGAAGGUCGAGAAUCUCUAAAUUUUUCUGCUUUGUCUCUGCCGCAGUCAUUGCUUAAGAUCAUCUGUGGUUAUUGAAAUCCCACCCACUUCAGCCCAUCAAUCAGGAAAUCUGCAUGUGCUCCCCAUUGGCUGGAUGAAAACUGUCCUCUAUCCACGACCACAAUGGGUAACCCAAUUCACAGAAUUUUUAGACGAUGAUGAUGUGAGCAGGGCGCUUUGACUGCAGACGGUGAUCAGUCUCAAAUACUUGGAUGGUUUGAGUUGGCACGUUUGGGCUCUGUACACUAUUCCAAUAAGAUGAGGUGCUGAACCUUGAUAUUGUGUUCCUCUUCUCCAUCGUUCAUUUUCAUCAUCUUAUCUUUAGAGAGACGACGGGAGGUGUCGUUGGUCGUGGAAGAUUUACACCAUCAUGGCCAACUGCCCUAAAUGGUUACAGCAUGGAAAGAAUUGGUUCCUGGUAUGUUUGGCAUUGUGUGUGUUAGGUUUAAUCUUUAUCCUGCUCAUCAAUGAUACAAGUAUUAACAUCAUGCAGAGGACUGUCAGUGCGCACAGUAGAAACAUUGGCAGAUACUCCAAGGAUAAGAUCCUACCCAUCUUAUCAAACAUGUUACGAGGCACGAAGACGGAGGCAGAGCUUGGAGACAUGGAGAGAACCUCGGUCAAUGGGUCAUUCUUCAGGUCAAACUUAGAUGAUAUCCAAGACCAAGAUUACAGCCAAGCCCCAGAGUUACCCAUGGCUAAGAUGCUCAUUGAAGAGAAAAAAUAUCGCCAUGAUGAACAGUUUGAAAAGUACAUUAAAUGCCCUACCUCAGUGCGGAAGAAGAUGUUGGAUAAUCCUAAGAUUCGAUCCAAGUUUAUUCCUGAUAUACCAAUCCUCAUGUGGGAUAAACACUUUAAUGCCAGCGAGUAUAGAAGACUUACUCAAUAUAAAGGAAUCAAUGGAUGGAGAAAUAUAAAUUAUACUGAUGUUCGUAGCAUGGUUGGACAGCUCAAUUCUCCCAACAAUCAGUACAUGUUUGAUGACAGGUUACGGAAGGUCAAAGGUCAAUCAAGCGAUUGCACAACAUGUGCUAUCAUUGGCAAUGGAGGCAUUCUUAAGGGUUCGGGUAAAGGAGCAGAAAUAGAUGCUCAUGAUUAUGUAUUCAGAGUUAAUGCAGCAGUGACAAAAGGGUUUGAGAAUGAUGUAGGUAAGAAGACAUCCUUUUAUUGUUUUACCAUGGUCACACUCCACAACACAUUGGCACUGAGACACAGGACAGGAUUUGAAAUACCAAAAGGAGAUGAGAAUCUUCGUUACCUAUUCUUUGCUGAUUCUGACUGGACGUAUACCUUUCUAUCGGCUGCAUUGUCUGGAAAACCUUUACCAAAAAGCACAGGCAAAUACCAUAGAGGUCCUCCAGCCUUUCCUAAGCCGUUGACUGCUGAUAAUAUCAAAGUUCUACAUCCAGAUUUUGAGAGAUAUAUUAAAUUAAAUUGGGUUAAUUCAUCAGCGCAACAUAAAGACGUCCAUCGCCCCACUACAGGUGCAAUCAUGCUAUUAGCAGCCUUACAUACAUGUGAUCAGGUAUCUAUAUAUGGAUUUGCAGGGAGCUAUUCUGCCUUCAGUGAACAUUACUAUGAUAAGACUUAUUCAAAGCAUGUCAAUUAUGCAAAUCAUGACAACAACGCAGAAAAUAAGCUUUGGCAGUUCUUAGAUGAGCAAGGAAUUGUCAAGCUGUACCGGAGGUCUGCCGAAGAAGGCUAGUGUAAUGGAAUAAAGCUUGCUCCGGUGAGAGGAAUAGAGAGCAUUUUUUUAGAU